UCACAUUCACGAUACGAAGAAACUCAUCAGUCUGCUCAGAUCGUCGACCAUGACCGUAUGGCCUUGCUCACGAUGAACUAAGUCUACCACACUUUCAACACGCCUGACGCCCUGCCGGCGAACUUGCGUCUCGCACUCUCGCAGCAACUAUACCACAAGAUUCUUACAACGCCAGACCUUACCACCCUUCCGUUUUCUUAUAAACGGGCUGCACUGACGCUUCUACCGUCCGAGAUGCUCGAAGCUCUCUACCUAGCACGCCCCGAGUAUGAGACAUUCGCACUUACGAUGCGUGACGCCGUAAUCGCCGUCUACCGCCAGAUGGCCGUGGACGGGGCCGAGACCGUCCAGGACUUUGUACUCAGGUGUAAUGACGUCCAUCUAAAUGCCCUUAAGGUGUAUGCUGGGAUGGCGAGCCCGACGGAAAUUUCUGCCGUCCGCGUUGCGACGCUGAAGCUGUCGGACACGCACCUUAUGAUUUACAUGGAGAUUGACACGAUUCUCGUGUCAGCUCGUGGCAGCCUCGGUAGCAUGCGACAGUUGGUGGCACCAUUUGACUGGACUCCUCUGCACUCUGCGGUGCUGACGGAAUGCGUUGAGACAGUCAAAUUCGUACUCGGAAAGAGUGGCGACGUCAAUGCCCCUCUUGGGGAUGCCGCGAGAUACACUCUAACGCCUCUACACCUCGCAGUUGUGUUCGGACGCGUCAAGUUCGUCGAGGUACUGCUCAAGGUGCAGGGCGCGGACGUGCGGACCCGAGACUACGGGAAAUUCGGCGUGACGCCAUCGCACACCUGCGCAGACUUCAAGUCGGCAGAGCAUCUCGAGAUCUUGUCAAUCCUCCUAGCGCACGACAGCACGCUGGUUCGGGCGCGCGACGAGAACAAUCAUACGUCGUUGCACCAUGCCGCGUUAAGGGAGAACCUGCCUGCGGUUAAGCUCCUGAUUCAGCACGGCGCAGAAGUUGACGCACUCGAUGAUCGUGAAUCAACGCCAUUGCAUCUCGCAUACAUGCGGCCAACGGGUGGCAGGGUAGUGGUAUGAUUCGACCGCCCAAUGAAAGAGAAGGCGUGAUCCGGAUCAUGCAUCCGCUUACCUUGCCGCCAGGAACGAUAGAGAAGGGUGGAAAGUAUGCAGC